UCGAGCUGGCACGUCGACUAGGUAGGGUGUAGGGUUCUCCUCUUCAGUGCUCUAUCGGCGACAGGGUGUUUCUGACACGCCAUGACUUUCCGUACGACAGAGGUGUUGUCGCACUAUUGUCGCCCAAGCUUCGUGCUGGUGUGGCGAGUCACGUGCUAGGAUAGUUUGCCACGUAGCGCCUAGUUGCUGACGUGGCACUUCGAUCUGCUGGUCCGUCAUAAGGUGCAGGUCGUACUCUUGUGCAGGGUCUUGGGCGGUUCAGCCAUCAAGUGAGGGCAGAAAGGGCUUCUCGUUGGGGAGUGGUCCGGUAGAUGAGACAUGACAUCUCCGCGCUUCCUCUUCGUCUUCGUCGGCGUUGGCGCGUCGUUCUAAGUCAGAACAGUAGGGGCCCGCCAAACUUUGGUUGGGAGUGAGUGCAAGCAUUCUUGGCGUUGUGAGCGAUCGAUCGCGUCUUAUCAGUUGUUGGUCCGAAGCUUUACGAGAGAUUCCGCGCCCCACGGUCGUCCUCAAGAGCGUGGUGGGUCGGACUUGUAUCCAGCCAUACGCACAGAGUCCUAGGUCCGGUCCGGUAAGGGAGAGAGAGGAGUGCAGAUAGAGACCACAGGGAGAAGCGGAGGGCCAUAUAAUUGUCGAGGUCAAGCACACGGACUCUUGCGCACGAAUAGACAGGCGGGGAGAGUGGCCGAGAAGGUGGUUGCCGACUAUGUGUGUGUGCGUUUGAGAGAGAGACUGAGGGGGAGAAGAGGGGGGAGCGUGGUUAGCGGGUCUGUCAGAGAAGCAACCACGGCGCGCGGGUGGGCAAAAUGGACGUUGGGAGGUGGAGGCGCGGGCCGACAAUCGCCCGGUGAAGAGGAUGACGGUGAUUACAUGGGGAAGGCGAACGGGGACUCCGAGCGGCGGGAGACCGACCACAGGGUGUGGACGGGGCUGGCUACAUUGGGGAGUUCGGAUUGCCGGUCGUCCGAGUCGGAAGAGGACGAGAUCGCCAGCUUUGCUGAGAGCGAUGACACUGCGUGGGGUGGUGGUGGUGAGGAGAGCACGACGAGCAGCAUCACGGAUGCAGUGAGAAGUAACCAGCAACGUUUUGGGAGAAAGGGGUUUUCGGAUUAUCUCCCAGGGAGGAGGAAAAAGAAAUUUGGAGGAAGUGGGGAUCUCGAUGGGGGUACUCGCACAGAAUUGGGGGGAAGUUACGACUGGGAUCAGGCAGAGGGUCGAGAUAGGCGCGAAGCUGAAGGCAGUGGCCACUCUCGACGUCCGGGAAGUUCUGGGGGCUCGCUACUCUCAUUCUUUGGGGUAAGUGGGGGUUCUAAAGAUCGGGGACGGGAUCGGGAGCGGGAUCGCGACAGGGACCGGGAUAGACACACACACAGCAGCAGUUUCGGUAGCACGAGAAGCGACCCUGGCCCGCACAGAUCGGGAUCAUGGGGCAAAGAGGACGACCUACCGCAGGAUGGUGGAGGGCUCGUGGGUGGUGGGGGCAGUUCGCCACAGCAUCCGCUGUGGAACUCAGGAGGUUCUCCUUCGAAAGACGAAAAAGCCAGUGGUGGUUACAAAAUGCUCAAGGAGAAAUUUAAGGUUCAUCGCGGCGACUUUUCCUUGAAGAGAAAAAGUUCAUCUGUAUUAUGUGCUCCUGUCAAACUGAGCGAUCGGCUGCUGGCUUUUACGUACGAGAUGGACGAAGAGAGCAGGUCAAAUACCGAAAACGAGAGAAGGUAUUGGAAGUGCAUGCAACAGGCCGCUCUUUAUCUGGAUCAAAACCAUGAAGGGACUGUGCUAUUGGUGAAUCUGGGUGCUUUGCUCGUCAAGCCAGAGCUGUACAGCCUCUUCUGCAACAACGUCUGUGAGAUGGGGGCGGACUGGUCAACACCAAGAGGGGCUUGCGUCUGCCCGAUUGACACUUUGUUUGCUGCAUGUGCAUCAAUCAACAACUGGCUGGCGCUGGAAGAGUGCAACGUCGCGGUUUUGUUUACCCAAAGCCCUAAGGGUGCUAGAGGAGCAUGUUUCUUGCGAUUUGUGGCAGCGUGCUACCUCACUUAUUGACAGGCCUCCUCUGGCAAAGGAUAUGAGGUAGAAUCUGUGGAGGAUGAGUCAGACAAGCCUCCUCAGUUCGGUCCCCCUAUCCCUGGCAAAGGAUAUGAGGUAGAAUCUAUGGAGGAUGAGUCAGGUUUUGUUGACCAUGUUCUUGAGGUGUCUCCCACAGACAUCAAGAACUUGCUAGCCAGCGAGGCUCAACUAGAGUAUCUCAUGGUUGAGACCUUUAGCAAGAAGGCCUGGGAUUUGGAGGCUACGCUAGGAGGUGCUCAGACACCCUCGACGGACAUAAGAAAGAAGAGUCCACAAGAGUGGAAGAAGAAGGGGAGUGGAUUGAUGAUGGUCGAGGCUGAUAGUACUCAGACCGAGAUCGAGGAUUUCUCAGACCUCAAGGACAGUACAAAGUUAGACAGCGAGGAUAGUGUUGAGGGUAGCAACCUCAGUGCAGUAGUAAGAGGAAAAGCAGGAGGCCGCAGCAAGGACGGGCAAUAGAGGAGUCUGGGGCAAACCCCCAACUCCAUCAAGAUAGUGGGUUGGGUUCGAGUGGGUUUGAAUCAAGAGGUGUGGCAGGA